CGCCAACAUUUUCCUGCGGUGCCCGCUGAUUCAAGCCAUUUUACUAAUCAAUGAAAGUAGUUUGUUUCGUUUCUGUCACCAACGCGAUAAUGCCAGCUGUAUAAAAACAACUAGAAUCUAGUAGAAGUGCACUGUUUUGGCCAGUGUCUAGGUAGGCAGCACAUCCCCUCCCCCGUGUGACGCAGUCCGCUAGAUGACAUCACUUCCUUGUUCUCUUGUCAGGUAAACUGGACGCCUGAAGCAAGUCACUACUUCAAAUCACGCCGUCUGUCGUUAUAAUGUUUCAACGCGGUUUGUAUUUGAACUUUAUUUUACACAGUCUGUGAUUUUAACUAAAGCUUGGCGUCUCACGGAGUUCUUCGAAAACUUGCGAACAUGGCGUGCGCCGAUUCAGAAGUCGACUUGGGGACGAUUCCUCUCAUUGCACUGAAUGUGAGUGUGAGGAAAAAGUUGGGACUAUAUCUGAACCCCAGAAACGCGGUGGCAGCCGACUGGAUGGCUGUUGCAGAGGCCAUGGGCUUCACUUACCUAGAGAUAAAGAACUAUGAAGCGUCAAAGAGCCCCACCAAAACCUUCCUGGAGGACUGGCAGGCUCGGUCCACAGAUGCGACAGUGGGGAAGCUGUUGUCCAUCCUGGCGGAGGUGGAGAGAAAAGACAUUGUGGAGGACCUCCGUCCUUUGAUAGAUGAGGAUGUCAGGAAGUAUUGCGAGAGCCUGAAGAAAAAGGCUGAGCCCCCAGUUCAGGUUCAUGAGGUUGACAGCUGCGUCCCUCGCACCCCAGAGAGGUUUGGUAUCACCCUGGAGGAUGACCCUGAAGGUCCUCCUGAGCUGUUUGAUGCCUUCAUCUGCUACUGCCAGAAGGACUUCCAGUUUGUCCAUGAGAUGAUCAAGGAGCUGGAACAGACAGAGUACAAGCUGAAGCUGUGUGUGUUUGACAGAGAUGUCCUCCCGGGCUCCUGUGUAUGGACCAUCACAAGUGAACUCAUUGAGAAGAGGUGUAAGAGGAUGGUGGUGGUGAUUUCUGAUGAAUACCUUGACAGCGAUGCCUGUGACUUUCAGACCAAGUUUGCUCUCAGCCUCUGUCCCGGAGCUCGAAAUAAACGGCUUAUUCCAGUGAUGUACAAGUCAAUGACAAAGCCAUUCCCCAGCAUCCUACGAUUCCUCACCAUAUGUGACUACACCCGGCCUUGCACACAGGCCUGGUUCUGGAUACGGCUGGCCAAAGCUCUCUCACUGCCAUAAUCAUGGACCAGGCGGCUGCAUUUUUAUUCCUUCACCAGGGAUGUUGGACAAUGGCCAAACAUUACAGUUUCAAAUAUGUGCUAUUGCUUGUGAUCCAUGUCCUGCUGGCUUCUGAACCCACUCAUUUACUGUGUGUAUACAGUAUAUAUUAUAAUGCUACUACUUGUGUUUCCUAUGAAGAUGACAUGGUGAUUUCUGAACAUUAUCAUUAUGAAAAUCAAGCCACACAAGGACACCAAAUAUCAGCAAAGUUCUCACUGCACACAGCCAUUAUUAUGUUAACGUAAAUUUGUAUUUAUGUGCGUUACUUGUGAGGAGGAUCUAUUUGUAUUAGGGGCAGCAUGUACUAAAUGCUCUGUUAAAGCUGUUUUGGUUUUUUUUGCGCUGGCCACUUCCUCUUAUGAGUCAACUUCUAGAUGAGAUUGAAGCUAAAGAGGAAGAGAUAUUGUGAUUGUGAUACUUCUACUUGUUGAGUUUUACUGACUAGUGACACAUCCCUUUCUCUCUGACUUUUUCUAUCUGUCCCCAUGUCUGACAAUUGAUUUUGUAUGAUUUUGUAUUUUUGAUAUGGUCUUUUUAAAACACAUUCAUAAAAAGUGAAUUAAUUCUACCUUGAAUAAAUUGUCUGAAUAUGAUUUUCUCAAAAUAAAUGUAAGAUAAUUUUCAA